AUUGGCUGAGCCUACAAAGCCUUUCUCUCUUUAAUUAAUCUCUCUCUCUUCUUUCUAUUUUAAUCUUUCUCUCUGACCCUUUAUUCACUUGCAAUCAACACCACCACCACCAUAAUCAGGACUGAAACACAUGUCGAAAGAGAACUGAAGAGAAAAAAAAAGAAAAGAAAAAAAAGAAGUGAAUUGGAAGUGGAGAGACAGAGAGGUAGGGUGGUGAUUAUAUUUUUGUUCUUGUUCUGUUUUUGUGAUGUUCUAAUUGAUGAUAUUCCUUUUCAGUGAGUGGCUCACCUUUUUUGUUGUUUUUUUCUCUCCCUCAUCAGUGUUUAUCUUCUACUAAGUGCUCUGGUUUCAAGAUUACAAAAAUGGUUUUCUUUCAGUUUUGAUUGUAAGAGGUGUGUUUGGAGAAUCUCUUCUUCUGUGUCUCUGUUUUCCUCUGCUUUUGGAGCAGCAUCUCUGAUAUCCUAGCAGAGGGAGAACUUGUGUUUCAAGCCAAUCAAAUUCUUGGGAUUCAACUUUGAAACUCUUAAAAUAGAUCCACAUAAAAAUAGUUCGUGUUCCUUGGCGAUCACUUUGUUGUAUUAGAUGAAGCUUUCCGAGAAAAGUUUUUCUAGAGCUACUUUCUUGGGAAACAAACAGAGGCUUUGGUUAUUUCUAAGUGGGUCCUUCAACUCGAUCUGAUUGAAAUCCCCUUGACAAAAAAAAAAAAAUCUAAUUGGGGGUUUUCAAAAUUCUUGGUGGCUAGAGUUGUUUUAGAAAUAGAAAUUGGAAAGGAAAAUGGAGUCAGAUCUUCAACACCACCACCACCACCAUCAUCUCCUUGACUAUCAUCAAUCUCAACACAAUCAAAAACAGAUGAACUCUGGGUUGACGAGGUACCAAUCUGCACCUAGUUCGUAUUUUUCCAACAUUUUGGACAGAGAUUUCUGCCAAGAGAUUUUAAAUCGGCCUUCCAGUCCCGAAACAGAACGAAUCAUCGCAAAGUUUUUGUCGAGUAGCGGUGAUGCUGCCGGUGGCGGUGAUGCUAAUACGGAGACCAUUCCACCGCAGAAUCUUUGCACCGCUACGCAGAGUUCACCUGUUAGAGAAACAUCUGUGAAAAUCGAGCAGUCAGCGCAGAUUAUGACGCCAACUAAUAAUCAAACAGGGCUUAUGCAGCAGCCUAACUAUUCCUCUGCUUCCCAGAAUUUUUAUCAAAGCCAACCUCCACAGUAUUUGCUAAAUCAGCAACCAUCAGCUUCAGCUAUGGAUUACACCACUCCAAAUCCAACGGGGAUGAAGAUGGGUGGAGGCAACAAUUCCAACCUUAUUAGACACAGUAGCUCACCUGCAGGGUUAUUCUCCAAAAUUAACAUUGAAAACAUUGCAGGCUACGGAGUGAUGCGGGGAAUGGGAGAUUAUGGAAGCGUUAAUAGCAGUAACAGAGAAACAACGUUUCGUUCAGCAAGCAGGCCACCUACACCCUCUGGGCUGAUGACUCCAAUUGCGGAGAUGGGGAACAAAAGUAUGGGUCCAUUUAGCUCCGAAAAUGCUGGAUUUGGUGAAAAUCGUCCCAACAAUUAUUCCUCAGGGCUCCCGGUUACUUCUUGGGACGAUUCCAUGAUGAUUUCUGAUAACAUGUCAGGCAUAAAAAGACUGAGGGAAGAUGAUAGAUCACUUUCUGGCUUAGACGGAGCUGAAACUAAGAAUGCAGAUGGCGGCAACCAUCGUCCUCCGCCACUUUUGGCUCAUCACUUGAGUUUACCAAAAAGUUCAGAUAUGUCUGCCAUUGAGAAGUUCCUGCAGUAUCAGGAUUCUGUUCCUUGUAAGAUCCGGGCCAAAAGAGGCUGUGCCACUCACCCUAGAAGCAUUGCUGAGAGGGUGAGAAGAACCAAAAUAAGCGAGCGAAUGAGGAAACUACAAGACCUUGUUCCAAACAUGGAUAAGCAAACAAACACUGCAGACAUGCUAGAUUUGGCCGUUGAUUACAUCAAAGACCUCCAGAAACAGGUCAAGUCACUGUCGGAUAGUCGUGCAAAGUGUUCUUGUGCCGCACAGCAGCAGCAGCAGCAGCAAUAAUAUAUAAAGUAAAUAAAAGGGAACUUUGUGGUUGUUUUGACUGAUUAUUAUGUUUUUAUGCAUACAACAACCAUAUUACUUCCCAAAAAGAAAAGCAGAUACGAAUGCUAGCAAAGCAGGUCGGUCUUUUGCGCUCAAAAAACUUGAUUAAAAAAAAAGAUAUUCAGUGAGGCAUUUAUUAUGUGGAUUGGAAGUGCAAGAAGCUCUGCUCAAAGCUAGCUAGCUGAAGCAGAUAUUGAUAAAUGCUAUGGUAGAUGAACUGAUCUAGCUGUAUAGUAACCAAAUGAUUUUUAUGGUGUAAUGAUUAUGUUUUAUGUAGGAUUUUUUUUUUACAUA